AUGAACAGUCAUCGCAAAUUGACUCUUUCUGAAUAUCAAACAAAAUAGAGAUAAAUCCACGAACACAGAAGUCCCAAAUCCAAUAAAUUUCUUACUCCUUAAAAAAAAAUGAAAAUACUUAUCCCAAAGAUACAUUUGACUUGCAAAUAGUUCUAACCAAAACUAUUUUCAAAUAGAUCCGCCAAAUCCUAUCAAAAUUUGAAUCUUCCUUUCACUUCAAAAAUGACCAAGUUGACUAAACUGCAAUCUUUGGAAGAAGAGUUUAAACAAUGCGAAAUCAAGAACUAUCAUCUGACUAUUGAAUAAAAAAGUCCAAAACAAGAGGGAAUAGAAAAACUAAGGACAUAAUUGAACGAACAAUUUUUGAAGGAAAGCUCAUGUAAUAGAGCAGGAGCUUGUCUCUAAUUUCUUGAACCUCCAUUGGUUCACAACCUGUUAAAUCUUUCACCUAAAGCAAAGGUAAAUUCGAACCUUCGUGCUUCGGUUUCUUCGCGAGAUUAAAAUGGCAACACAGCUCUUCAUUACGCUGCCAGAAAUGGAAAUACCCAUCUUGUACAAGCUCUCCUGUACAAAGAUAUACAAAUAGAUACAUAGAAUGAAGAUAAAAUGACACCCUUACUAUUGAGUGCUUAUUAUGGGAAAUUUGAAACCUUAUAAAUAUUAAUCAAUUUGGGAGCCAACAUCAACCAUCAAGAUAUUUAUGGCAACUCAUCUCUCCAUUAUGCAUGCAAGUUUAAUUUUAAAUAGAUUGUCCAAUUUUUACUUCAAAAAUCGCAUCUUAUCCUGUUGUAAAAUCAGGAGUCAUAAUAUCCAGAUUAUUAUAUUGAGGAUUCAGAGAUCGCCCAGAUAUUUGCAGACUAUUUGGAAUAGACAAAUUGUAAAAAUAUAAAAAUACGUUUAGAAAAACGAAUGAAAGAAGUUAUAAUUUAAACUACUUAAACCGAAACAAUAUUAAAAAUGUUUUAAAGAAAAAAUAUUAAAUCGAUAAAAAAUUUAAUUUAAAAAUGCAAGUCUUCAAACAAUCUAGAGAUGAUUUAGGAUUCAUAUCCAAAAAUAAAAUAAUUAUAAACAACCUUACAAUAGCUUGAAUAAUUUAAAAAUUAAUUGCAGAAAAAACAACAAACCUUCUCAACCAUUUACUCUGAAUCUUGUAAAAACAUUAAAGAAGAUGAUGUAUCUCUAUCGUAGUUUUAAAUCUUGGGUUUAAUUGGAAAAGGUAGUUUCGGUCAAGUCUAUCUAGUCAAGAGAUAAAAUUAAUUAUAUGCAAUGAAGGUGUUGGACAAGAUCAUGGUAUUAAAACAAAAUUUAUUUCCCUAUGCUUAAACAGAAAGAAAUGUCUUAUCGAUGACUUCGCAUCCCUUUAUAGUAAAGUUAAGAUACGCCUUUCAAACUACAGAUAAAUUGAUUAUGAUGCUAGAUUAUUGUCCAGGUGGAGACUUGGGAUAACUCUUGGAAGAAGAAUAAAGACUUCCAGAAGAAUAAGUCAAAAAUUACAUCUGCGAAAUAAUCCUUGCUUUGGAAGAUUUGCACUAAAGAGAUAUUAUUUAUAGAGAUCUUAAACCAGAAAACAUAGUUAUUGAUGCUGAUGGGCAUGCUAUUCUUACUGAUUUUGGACUUUCAAAGGAGGGCAUAUUUCAUGCUAGUCAAGGAGCUAGAUCAUUUUGUGGAUCUGUUGCUUACUUAGCCCCUGAAAUGCUUAAACGAAAAGGCCAUGGAAAAGCUGUAGAUUGGUAUUUACUUGGAGUAGUCAUGUAUGAAUUGUUAGUUGGAGUGCCUCCUUAUUAUGAUAAUGAAAAGGAUCAGCUCUUUGACAAUAUUGAGAAUGCUACACUUAAAAUUCCUUCGUUCAUUUCUUUUGAAGGUAGAAAUUUAAUAAAACUACUUCUCAAAAGAAAUCCUAUCAAAAGAUUGGGAUCAGGAGUUGGUGAUUCUUUGGAAAUCAAGCAACAUCCAUACUUUCAAGAUGUUGAUUGGGAAAAAGUCAAAAACAAAGAAUUAGAACUUCCUAAGCCAACCAGAAAAAUAAAAAUUGAUACAUAAAUUGGUUAGAAUCUUUUUUAAAAUGAACAUCAGAACCUAUCCUCUCAUAUUCAUGGAUGGUCCUAUGUUCAUACAGACUUUUGA